AUGUCUGCUCUUCUCGGUCUCACCGUCGCUGCUCUCGCCGCCAGCGUCCAUGCAAAUCCAAUCCCAAAUCCACAGGACGUCACUGUCAUUGGCGUCAGUACCACCAGUGGAGAUCCAGCAGCGCGUGCUGAGCUGGUCUGUGGCUUGUCCCUUACCGAUCCGAUUUCCUGGGACAAUACCGGAGCAGCGGUCUUCCUAGACCAACAGCUCAAGGAUCAUGGAGCAGAUGACUGGUUGCGAAACCUUGAUUCCCGCACAACAGGUGCUGGAAACCUGCCAUCGAAUCUUGACUGCAAACCACUUGGUGGAAACACUUGCCGGGCUGCCACGAGUGCAUGCCCGAACUUCACUCCUCCUGAGCUGUUCUACAUCCGAAGCGCAGCCACCAACGCCCACGAUUUCUUCACCCGUGCACACGAGAAAUUGCAAGAUGUAGCCAUCGAAAACAUCCUGUCGAUCGACAAGAUCAUCUCCGACUUCAACCCCAAUUCAGAAUCCGGGCAAGCAGACAUGCUUCAAGCGAUCGGAGCGGCAUUCGGCAUUGCAGAAAAACUGAUCGGAGUCUCCAGCCCCGGUUUGGCCAAUGGCGCAGCGAUCAUCGGAGGGAUCUUCGGUCUCGCUGGCUCGCUUCCCGGCCCGGAGCAGGUCGACCUCGGUGCUUUGAAAGUCACCGUUCAAGACCAGCUGAGGAAUCUCUUCACUCAAACGAACGAUAGACUCACCAAACUCAACUCGAAGCUUUUCGGUGGCAGCGAUGACAUCGAUAUCCAGGAGCUGGUCAAUUUCGUGGCAGGUGCCCGUGGUGGACAAGCGCCGUCCAAUCUAGACCCGAUCUCUCAGGUGUUUGCCGGCGGCAGUUUCCUCGUCCCACCUUCCGACUCGUCGCUUGAUGCGGGUCUCGAUGCUGGGAUGAAGAACGUGAAGCUGGGUAUCGUCGGAACUGUCUUGAGGGGCAUGAAUUACUAUGUCUUCGUCGACACGUCUCGUGACCAGAAUGCCUGCAACGGAAUCACCGGGUCGCGCUGGAUCGACAAUGAAUGCUACACGCUCGAGCGCCGCCUGAAGCCCGUCAACGCUGGUGACCCCGACACCGAGCCCCUGCCCAAGGAGAUGAUGCUCAAGUUCGACUCGGCCGAAGACGGGUACAACCUCGACUUGAACGUCUUCUACUCCAACAUUCGAGACUGCAAUAACGACAAGCCGGCCCAGGCUGUCGACCUGAACAAUCAGUUCUCGCAUUGCUUCUUCAGCGUCCCGUUCAUCAAGGCCGAUAAGCUGGUCUGUUUGGCCAUGUUCAGCCCGGAUAAGGAUAAGUUGCCUGAGGGUUUGAAUCUCAAUGAUUCUGGUUGCGAUCCUCAGUUUGCUGCUGGGACGGGGUCGAAUUAG